AUGCCUCGCUCUUUCUUGGUGAAGAAAGUCAAACUGGACGAUUUUUCAGCUGCGGAGCUGGAGAGAUCGUAUGGUCACAGCCGGAGAGAGUCGCUCAGCCUGCGAUUCCACCACCAUGAUAAAGGCUACGUCAGCGAUUAUCUGAGUCCCAACCCGUACGAUGAUGUGGUGGAAGGUGACUCAUCCGUCAUCUCUAAAGUACCCUCCCCGAGCCACUCUGACAUCCACAGUGACAUCCACAGUGACAUCCAUGGGGACUCGGACCAGCCAGACAGCCCGAGGUCCGAGGUCUCCUCGUCGGCCGGCGGCUACAUCAACGGGGACACGGCCGUUAGCGAGGGCUACACAGUGGACGCCUUCUUCAUCAUGGAUGGACGAUCUCGGAGGAAAGCCGCUGAAAGCCCCAGAGGAACCACCCAGAGGCACACCUGCAGCGAGUGCGGCAAAACCUACGCCACCUCCUCCAACCUGAGCCGGCACAAGCAGACGCACCGGAGCAUAGACAGCAAAAUGGCCAAGAAGUGCCCCACCUGCGGGAAAGUGUACGUGUCCAUGCCCGCGAUGGCCAUGCACCUGCUGACCCACGACCUCAAGCACAAGUGCGACGUGUGCAGCAAGGCGUUCAGCCGGCCGUGGCUGCUGCAGGGCCACAUGCGCUCCCACACGGGCGAGAAGCCGUUCGGGUGUGCCCACUGUGGGAAGGCCUUCGCCGACCGGUCGAACCUGCGCGCUCACAUGCAGACGCACUCGGCCUUCAAACACUACAAGUGCAAACGCUGCGACAAGACGUUCGCGCUCAAGAGUUACCUGAACAAACACUACGAGUCUGCGUGCUUCAAGGGGUCCUUCUCCCCCAUGAGCUCGUUGGACGAAUGA